GGCUGUGGAUGGAACCUUUGGGUUUUCUAGGAUUUUUAUGGAACUGGGGGCGACUUUAACGGGGCUGAUCCGGGAGGAUCUAUGGGGUUGUAAUGGGGCUGAAAUCUUUAGGUUCUUUAGGAUUUUUAUGACUCUCGGGGUAGUUUUGACUGGGCUGACCUGGGGGAGUCUGUGGGGUUUUUAUGGGGCUGAGGCCGCUCUGAAUGAGGGAUCCCGGAGGGUCUCUGGGGCUGAGCUUGGGCUCAAUCCCGGGGUUCAUCCUGGUUUAUCUGGGGUUAAUCCUGAGUUCCUUGGGGUUUAUCCUGGGGUUGAUCCUAGGGUUUAUCCUGGGCUCAGUCUUGGGCUCUCUGGGGCUGAUCAUGGGGUUCGUCCUGGGGUUCUCUGGGGUUGAUCCUGAGUUCCCUGGGCUCAAUCCUGGGGUUAAUCCUGGGCUUUCAGGGGUUCAUCCUGGGGCUGAUCCUGGGCUCAGUGCCUGUUUCAAUCCUAAUCUCUUUGGGUUCAAUCCUGGGCUUAAUCCUGGGCUCUCAGGGGUUGAUCCUGGGCUCAAUCCUGACCUCUCUGGGCUCGAUCCUAGGGUCCAUCCUGGGGUUAAUGCUGGGGCUAAUCCUGUCCUCUGUGUGGGUAAUCCUGGGCUCUCAGGGCUUUAUCCUGGGCUCAGUUCUAGGGUUCAUCCUGGGGCUGAUCCUGGGCUCUGUGGGGUUGGGGCUUAGCUCAAUCCUGAGCUCGAUUUUGGUCUCUCUGGGAUCGAUCCUGGGGCUCCUUGGAGCUCAUCCUGGGGUUCAUCCUGGGCUCAAUCUUGGGGUUCAUCCUGGGGCUGAUCCUGGGUUCAAUCCUGAUCUGCCUGUGUUUGAUCCUGUGGUAAAUCCUGGAGCUGAUCCUGCUCUCCCUGGGCUCAAUCCUGGGCUCCCUGGGGCUGAUCCUGGGGUUCAUCCUGGGCUCAAUCUUGGGGUUCAUCCUGGGGCCGAUCCUGGACUCUCUGGGGUUGAUCCUGAGCUCAAUCCUGGGUUUGAUCCUGGGGCUGAUCCUGCUCUCCCUGGGCUCAAUCCUGGGCUCAAUCUUGGGGUUCAUCCUGGGGCCGAUCCUGGACUCUCUGGGGUUCAUCCUGGGCUCAAUCCUGUGGUCAAUCCUGGAGCUGAUCCUGCUCUCCCUGGGGUUGAUCCUGAGCUCAAUCCUGGGUUUGAUCCUGGAGCUGAUCCUGGACUCUCUGGGGUUGAUCCUGGAGCUGAUCCUGCUCUCCCUGGGCUCAAUCCUGAGCUCAGUCCUGGGUUCAAUCCUGGGGCUGAUCCUGCUCUCAAUCCUGGGCUCAAUCCUGAUCUCCCUAUGUUUGAUCCUGUGGUCAAUCCUGGAGCUGAUCCUGCUCUCCCUGGGCUCAAUCCCGGGCUCUCUGGCACUGAUCUGGGCUCAAUCCCGCUCUCCCCGUGGUUAAUCCCGUGGUUAAUCCUGCUCUCCCCAUGGUUAAUCCCAUGGUUAAUCCUGUGGUUAAUCCCGUGGUUAAUCCUGCUCUCCCUGUGGUUAAUCCCGUGGUUAAAUCCUGCUCUCCCCGUGGUUAAUCCCGUGGUUAAUCCCGUGGUU